GGUAAAUCUCCCCGUGACAAUGUCCUUCAUUACUAUGUACAUGAUGCUCUCUUUGAUCUAGUGAAGGAAGGCAGAGGAACGAUACGGCUUCCAGAUAAUCCUCUUUCCAGAGGCUCCAACACCAGGACGAACACUGCCAGCACGCUUGGUAACUUUGGUGGACCUCGAACUUGGCGACCAGCUAACUGCCAGCCUUCGCUGGUACUUCGUGAUGAGGUUGAUUGGUCGAGGUGGAGUCUGAAAGUCGUGGUAGUCGUAUUCCGUUCCGUCGUCACUUUGGUCACAGUCCUCCUCGGAGAGUUCACGGACAGGUGGGACUUUGGCGGACCUGAUGCGGCGGUAUUGGCGUUGUCUGUCUUCGCAGUACUUCUUGAGAUCGAGUUGCAUCUUCAACCACUCUUUGCGUUGAGUAGCGAGACAGGUUUGGUAAUUGUGGGUGGGAGGAAUGUCGGUCUCUGGAUCGGCGAAGGGAUCUGUCUCAAUGGACGGGAUUGGAGUGUCGGGGUCGAGAAAAGCGUAGUUUCGGCACAUGUUGGCGGCAAUGGCUUCGUCGUUGGUGGCAGUAAGUUCGUUGGCAGUGGUGGUAGAACUUGCUGACGUUCUAGGAGUUGAUGAGAGCAU